ACAGUCAUGUAGUUCAGACUUUGACAUAAGAAAUGGGUGCGACUGUGAAGGUACCAUUCCCAUUCCCCAUCACCGACCCGAACCCGACCCGCCAGAGACCCUCCACGGAGGUCCAUUUCUCCCGCUGGAACAACGCCCUCGCCGUCAAACUCCAAGAGCGCCGCCGACCCAUCCAGGAAAUCGAGGACGAAAUCCGCCGCACUCGCCGCUUCGACUCCGCCGAAAACAUAGCCAACACCGCCACAGAAUCAUCCACCACCACCUCCACCUCCGCAUCAUUCAAGUCCGUCGGAACACCCUCCACACCCUCGCGCCCAUCCAUCCCGGGGAAAAAAUCAAAAUACUCCAAAUCCCCGCCGAAACCCAAACCGCCUAGGGUUUCGAGCUUCCGCUUUAACCGCUUCCUACCAGGACCUUCCGACGUGAGAAUCGGCGAAGAUGGAGUCUCCUACGUCGUCGACGGUGCUCCGUUUGAGUUCAGGUAUAGCUAUACUGAGACCCCGGCUGAGAAGCCGGUUGAGAUACGUGAACCGGUAGCGCCAUUUGGACCGGAUACGGUACCGCGGCCGUGGACCGGUCGGAACCCGCUGCCGCCGGGGAAGUUGAAGAAGUUUAAGGUUUUUGGUAAGUUGGUUCUGCCGCCAGCGGAUAAGAAGGGGACUGAGCCAGUUCAGUCGCCCGGUCGGUGUUUGGAAGAGUUGGGUUCGCGGUACGUGGAGUACAGGGAGGAGGUAAUGGGGGAGCCAUUGACGCAGGAUGAGAUCAAUGACUUGGUUAUGAGAACCAGGAAAUCUCCCAGCCAUCUCAGUAUUGGGAGAGACGGUUUGACACAUAACAUGUUGGAGAACGUACAUACCCAUUGGAUGCGGCAGAGGGUGUGCCAGAUAAAGUGCAGAGGGGUGUGCACUGUUGAUAUGGAUAAUGUGUGCCACCAGUUAGAGGAAAGGACUGGGGGGAAAAUCAUUUAUAGAAAGGGUGGUACAGUGUACCUUUUCCGAGGUAGAAACUACGACUAUAGAACACGCCCGCGUUUUCCUCUGAUGUUGUGGAAACCUGUGUCUCCGGUGUAUCCCAGGCUGGUAAAGCAAGUCCCUGAAGGUCUAACACUAGAAAAAGCAACUGAAAUGCGUCAAAAAGGAAGCAACUUGAUACCCAUAUGCAAGCUAGGUAAAAAUGGGGUUUACUGUGACCUUGUGAAAAAUGUCAGAGAGGCAUUUGAAGUGUGUGAUCUGGUGCGAAUAAAUUGUGAAGGACUAACUGCAAGUGACUACCGAAGGAUUGGAGCAAAACUAAAGGAUCUUGUUCCAUGUGUUUUGCUUUCUUUUGAAAAUAAGCACAUACUUAUAUGGAGAGGGCUAAAUUGGAGGUCCACAUUUCUUAGCAAUGAUGGCGAAGAAGUCAACAAAAUUAAUGUUGACAGUGAACAUUCCAAUACACUCCCUUCAGAUGAACAAGAACUGUCAGUACUGAAUUCAGUAGAGCAUCUAAUAAAUGAAUCUCAUGACAUUAGCAUUCCCUCUAGUUCAGAUGAUGCGAGUAUAUGCAAGGUUAUGGUGCCUUGUCCCUCACCCUCGGAAAAUAGCAAUCUACCUGUUUCUGUGGUUACUGACGCUACUUUAAUUCCUGUGUUAACCCAUGAAGUUGAUACCACAGAAGAUGUGUUGACCUCUUCUGGUACACUGCAGUCCUGCGGUAGCACCAGUUCAAGUGUGUCUGUAACUAGUGGCAAUUCUAUUGACGGGAUGGGAGAUCCUCAUAUUGAUAAGUUGCAAGAUGGUUUCAGAGCAGCAGAAGUCAGUCAGCCAUCUAGUUCUGCAACUCUAUUACUGUUGGAGCAAGCUGUUAAGAAAGGCGUUGCACUUGUUUUAGAUGAAGAAUCUUUGGAUGCUGACCAUAUUUAUCAAACCACCAUGGCUUUUGCAAAAUCAGCUCCGCCCGAGCCUGUUUUUAAGCUACCUAGAAAGGUUGUGGUGCAAAAAUGUGACAACCAAGAAGGUUCAACAUUGGAGACAAAAGGAAUUACCACUGUUAUGAUGAAAGGUGAAAAAAUGGAGACCAGCUCUAAAAUUAGGAGAAAAGAGGAUUUUGGGGAGAGAUGUCGGAAUGUGGUAAGAGGAGUUGAUAAACUUGCAAGGCUUCUGACAUGAUACUAGCAGGCAUACUCAAAGUUGAUCUAAUGAGUUAAAUAUAUUUUGUUGAAGACUCUCAAACAAUUUCUGUUUUUUGGCUGGAGCCAUUUCUGUAAGAUACAAAGGAACAACCCUGCACAACUUAACGAAGUACUUUCCUUUCUCUUUUUUUGUUUUUCUUGGCUUAUUUUGUUAUUCUUUCUUUUCUAUAUUGGAGAAUUUUCACUUGGUUUCCAGAUCCGCAGCAGGUCUCGGCAAGGAUUAACAUGGCAAUGUUCUUGGCACUUGGAUCGAGAGCUACUCCUGCCAGGAAGCUAAGGGCUCCCAACUACAAGAAAAUGGUGUUUCUGCCCUUCUUUCUUGUUAAGUAGGAAUUAGGAAAUGUCAUAACCAGUGCUGAUGAUGUAGAAGUGUUAUUCACUUGGUUGUUUACAGUGGUCUGUCUCUAUAGAUGCAUACACUUCCUUCUGUACAACUUAAAUGCCUUUAGGAAAUCAUCCAUGGAAGUCACUCAGCCUGAAAAAUAUAUGGGAAGUUCAUUCUCUGAUGAUAUUAUUCAGUAGUGAGUGUCAUUUUUUUGUUGACAAAAGUAGCAAGUGUCGUUGUACAAGAGGCCUUUGAGGCUGAACAAGUUGUAAAAAACACAAGUUAUACAGCUACAUGAUUUGUGCAAGUCUUGGUACAAACCUCGUAGAUAUUCUGAAAGAUGUCGAGAGAGCCAGAUU